UGAGAGUCGGCUGAGUUAAAAUUGGAGCUCUCCCGUAGAGCGCCGACCUUGCUCACUGUGUGCGCACGUUUAGUCCCAUUCAGUUUUGCUUUUUCUUCGCAGGAUCAGAUGAGCGGAUCCAUCAUGUCGUGGGAUACGAGACGCGUCUGAAAGCUUUUCCGGGAAGGUAAAGAACGUUGAAGUGCUUUUAUGGAGGUUCGUGGGGCGCAACGAAACAUCGAUUGAAGUGGUCACACUGAGGAAUUUAUUCGAAUUUUUAUAUGUUUGGUGUGUGGUCCUGCAUGGAUUUUAGUUUGGUUUGAAAUGCGCAUCAUGUCUUCAAGAUAAAUCUACUAUGUGUCUGAUUUGGAGAGUACCUUGUGGAAGGUGUGCACCAGGAAAGAGACUGGGUGGACUCAACAUCUGCAAUUGAUCGCUGUAUUUCUGUGCGCAAUGUACCUGGAAUGAAGAUAAAACAUGGAUUUUAUGUGGGAAAUAUUUAUCAUUCUUCAAGCUAAUUUCAUCGUUUGUACAACAGCUCAGCCAAAUCCACCCAAAAUUCAUGAGGGAUGGUGGGCAUACAAAGAGGUUGUACAAGGGAGCUUUGUACCAGUUCCAUCUUUCUGGGGGCUGGUGAACUCUGCCUGGAAUCUGUGUUCUGUGGGGAAGAGACAGUCCCCGGUGAACAUUGAGACCAGCCAUAUGAUAUUUGACCCCUUUCUGACACCGCUGAGACUCAAUACUGGUGGCAGGAAGGUGGGAGGGACCAUGUACAACACUGGCCGCCAUGUCUCCCUGCGAUUGGACAAAGAACACUUAGUGAACAUCUCUGGUGGACCAAUGACGUAUAGUCACCGAUUGGAAGAAAUCAGGUUACACUUUGGCAGUGAAGAUGGCCAGGGCUCUGAACAUCUCCUCAAUGGGCAAGCCUUCUCUGGUGAGGUUCAGCUAAUACAUUACAACCACGAGCUGUAUACCAAUUAUACAGAAGCUGCAAAGAGUCCAAAUGGAUUGGUGAUAGUGUCUAUAUUCAUGAAGAUAUCCGAGAUGUCAAAUUCACUUCUGAAUCGAAUGUUGAACAGAGAUACCAUCACAAGAAUAACUUAUAAGAAUGAUGCUUAUUUACUUUCGGGGCUAAACAUUGAGGAGGUAUACCCGGAGACGUCAAGCUUUAUUACCUAUGAAGGAUCGAUGACUAUCCCUCCAUGCUUUGAAACUGCAACAUGGAUUCUUAUGAACAAGCCAAUAUAUGUCACAAAAAUGCAGAUGCACUCGAUGCGGUUACUCAGCCAGAACCAGCCGUCGCAGAUCUUCCUCAGUAUGAGCGAUAACGUCCGUCCGGCUCAGCCUUUGAACAACCGUUGCAUCCGCACAAACAUCAACUUCAGCCUACAGGGCAAAGACUGCCCCAACAAUAGGGCCCAGAAACUGCAGUACCGAGUGAACGAAUGGCUGCUGAAAUAGAUUCUUCUCAUGGAUGAGCCCUAAUCUGAGAAAGGAGAGAGACAGCAGAGAACCAGCACAGACUGGAGUGUGCAUCACAUUCAUCCUGAGAGAUGUAGUCAUGACACUGUAAAGAAAAAAAAAGAAAAAAAGAACCCUGAACAAGAACAGACUUUGCACUGUUUGCAAAGAGACUCAGUUUCAUACAUCAACUCAAAACCAGUGAAGUACAAAUAUAACUAUACAAAUGUUUUGAUACCUUUUUUGGUGGAAAAAAUAAGUGAAAAAUAAAAAUGGAAACUUUUAUUUCAUAGUCGCUUCACAGAAUGGAACUAAAGAUGUCUU